AUGAAGACCUCUGCCAUCAUCGUCGCCGUCACCGCCGCUCUCGUCAGCGCCCAGGCUCCCCCCGAGGGCACCAACAAGGUGACCUGCGCCAAGCCCAACGCCAACUACUGCUAUGGCGGCGAUAUCAUUGUUCGCUGCGAUGCCAACGGUGUCGGCACUGCCGGCCGCUGCUCCGACAACGUUGCCGGAUACCCUCCCCUGGGCGGUGUUGCUGAGUGCUGGCAGAGCACCGAGACCUCUGGUGACGCUGCUUGCCAGAAGAACUGCGUCGUCUACGCUCAGCCUUCUUCAUUCACCCUGGCUGCUUCUCAGUGCACUCCUAGCUUCACUGCCUCUGCCACCUCUGCUCCUGCCACCACCCUGAGCAGUGCUGUCGCUACUGGCACCGCCAGCGCCAGCGUUAUCUACACCACUAUUGUCAACGGAACCGUCACCGUCACUGUUCCCUGCACUACUCUCCCCGGUACUCCCACCACCACUCCUGCUGGUCCUCCCGUCGUCAUCACGACCACUCCCGCUGGUCCUGUUGGCACUGGUGUUCCUCCUCCUCCCCCUGCCAACAACGGCACUGCUCCCUCUGGUACCAACACCCCCGUUGGCCCUACCUCUUCCGGCCCCAGCACCAUCCCCACCGGCGCCGCCGUUGCCAACCGUGCUUCCGGCGCUCUGGCCGUCAUGGGUCUCGUUGCCGCUGCUUUCCUCUAA